GAAGAAAGAGAAAGCCACAGAGAGACAGAGAGAGUGGCGCCGUGGGGUUUUGGUUUUUCUCUCUAGUUCUAAAGACAUACAGAAAUGCUUCAGCAGAGCUCCUGCUGCUGUGACUCUUUUGGGUUUAGGCCGUGUUCGGUUGCAUCAAAAACAAAAAGCGCAUUCUCUUGCUACAUGGACCUCAAAGACAAGAACAAGCUUCUGCCUUUCGCUUCUUCUCUCUCGCUAAAGUGGCCUCAGCUGAACCGCAAUCCAGUAUUGGCUUGCCGAGCAUCACGUGGCUCUCACGUGACUCGUGUCGGGAAAGAUGAUUUACCUAUUCAUGGAGUGGCUGAAGUGCUUGUUGGUGUUCUUGGAGGAGGUCAGCUGGGUCGUAUGCUAUGUCAAGCAGCUUCACAAAUGGCCAUUAAAGUGAUGGUAUUGGACCCACAAGAGAACUGCCCAGCUAGUAAACUUGCCUAUCAUCAUAUGGUUGGAAGCUUUGAUGAUAGCGCUACAGUCCAAGAAUUUGCAAAGAGAUGUGGAGUGUUGACUGUGGAAAUUGAGCAUGUGGAUGUGGAGACAUUAGAGAAACUUGAGCUACAAGGAGUGGAUUGCCAACCCAAAGCCUCUACAAUCAGAAUAAUUCAGGAUAAGUAUCUCCAAAAGGUCCAUUUUUCGCAGCAUGAUAUUCCACUUCCUGAAUUUAUGCAGAUAGAUGAUCUUGAAGGUGCCAAGAGAGCAGGGGACCUCUUUGGCUAUCCUCUUAUGAUAAAAAGUAAAAGGUUAGCUUAUGAUGGACGUGGAAAUGCUGUCGCUAAGAGUGAGGAUGAGCUUUCUUCUGCUGUAACCGCUCUUGGAGGGUUUGAUCGUGGUUUAUAUGUUGAGAAAUGGGCCCCUUUUGUAAAGGAGCUGGCUGUCAUUGUUGCAAGAGGAAGAGACAAUUCUAUCCUUUGCUACCCCGCUGUUGAAACUAUACACAAGGAAAACAUUUGUCAUAUUGUAAAGGCACCUGCUAACAUGUCAUGGAAGAUCAGAGAGCUGGCCACUGAUAUUGCCUCCAGAGCUGUUAGUUCAUUAGAAGGUGCUGGUGUGUUUGCAGUUGAGUUGUUCUUGACAAAGGAUGAUCAGAUUUUGCUCAAUGAAGUAGCUCCAAGACCUCACAAUAGCGGUCAUCACACAAUAGAGUCUUGCUACACCUCACAGUAUGAACAGCAUUUGCGGGCUGUUGUUGGGCUUCCGCUUGGUGAUCCAUCAAUGAAAACUCCGGCUGCAAUUAUGUACAAUUUACUUGGUGAAGAUGAGGGGGAACCUGGUUUCCAUCUAGCUCAUCAACUGAUUGCAAGAGCAUUGUGUAUUCCAGGGGCUACUGUUCAUUGGUAUGAUAAGCCAGAAAUGCGAAAGCAACGGAAGAUGGGUCAUAUCACCAUUGUUGGACCUUCCGUGGGCAAUGUCGAAAAGCUCCUGGAUUCAAUGUUAAAUGAAGAGAGCUCUGAAAGUCAGUCUGCAGUUGCACCACGUGUUGGUAUUGUAAUGGGCUCUGAUUCGGAUCUUCCUGUUAUGAAAGAUGCUGCAAAGGUUUUGAAUAUGUUUGGAGUGCCUAACGAGGUGAGAAUAGUUUCAGCACAUCGUACUCCUGAAUUGAUGUAUUCUUAUGCCUUGUCUGCUCGGGAGAGAGGCAUUCAGGUCAUCAUUGCUGGUGCUGGUGGUGCAGCUCACUUGCCAGGCAUGGUAGCUGCCCUCACUCCUUUGCCUGUUAUUGGUGUCCCUGUGCGUGCUUCUACAUUGGAUGGAGUUGAUUCGCUUUUAUCCAUUGUGCAGAUGCCAAGAGGGGUCCCAGUGGCAACGGUUGCUGUAAACAACGCCACUAAUGCUGGUUUGCUGGCAGUAAGGAUGUUGAGUGUUUGCGAUGCUGAUCUACUGUCAAGAAUGAGCCAGUAUCAAGAAGACACAAGGAAUGAAGUCUUGACAAAGGCAGAGAAACUACAGAAAGAUGGUUGGGAAUCUUAUUUGAAUCCGUGAUAGCCAAAGCACUCUGCCAAGUAUCUGUUCAAAUUUUGGAGUUUCACUUUCUCUUGAAGUCGGAGUAUCUGACAGCUAUUAAACACAUUAUGGUUAAAUUCCAACAAAGAGAAAUACAAAUAAGAGUAUCUGACAGCCUAUCAAGGCGCAGUACAAUGAACAGAAGGAUGUCAUCAGAAAAAAGUGGAAGUUUCGUGCCUACGAAAAUCAGUUAACGUAAUUCGGAUUAAAGCUCAAAUUGGUAAAGACAAUGAGGAAGAACGACUCGAGGCAGGAGGAGGGCGGGGGAGAAGAAGCCCUAUGGUUUGUAUUGUGUCACUAUAAGAUCUGUCUACUCCGGAAAUAAGUAUUUUUGUAUGAUUCCAUAACAUUGAAUUUCUCUUUAUUUUUUCUUUUAAUCAGCCUU